UCAUGCACACGUGCGCCAGAUUGGGGGCAACGCCCCUCGGCAUAGAAUGUAUAUAUGAGAGCGCUAUCGUUCAAUAAACGUUCUUUCGACGCACAUGACCCGUGCAAGCCACAUGGUGUCAGAAGUGGUCGGACCGCAGCCGAUACACGCAGCCGGCGAACGAACAGCGGACGCGUAGCAAGCCAACAGGGGCGGCUCGGAGGUCCCAACCAGCUACAAGCAUGCAGAACGGGGAACAGCGCCAGCAGGCCAGCGGACCAGUCACCACGCUAUUGCCACCGCCGAAAGCCCUGGACACCACAGGAGACGUAUGGCGAAGCUGGAAGACAUGGCGGCAAGAGUUCGAGCUCUUCGCAACGGCAACAUACCUGAACCAGCAACCGAAAGAGGUACAGGCAGCCACCUUUCUUAUGAUUAUCGGAGAGGACGCACGCAAGACGUACAGCACUCUUGAUUUUGCAACUGACGAAGAGAAGUCGGACGUAGAAGUACUGAAAAUGAAGUUUGAGGCAUUUUACAAACCAGCUCUAAACUUAGCCUACCAUGAGUUCCGCUUUGGAAAGUGCGACCAAAAGGACGGUGAAAGUUUCAAUGACUGGCUGACAGACCUCAGAGUGCUAGCAAAAAGCUGCGAGUUUGGGCAGCUUGAAGAGCGUAUGCUGAGAAGCCGUAUUAUUCUCGGAAUUAGAGAUAAAAAGCUGCAAGAAAAGCUAAUCUCCGAAAAUGCUUCUUUCACGAAGACCGUAGAAAUGUGUCGCUCUCGUGAACAUGGCAAAGAACAGUGUGAAGAGAUACAGGCGCGCCCGAAAAGCGAUUACGCAGCCGAGAUGAACGCGCUAUCUGAAGCGAAAGGUCAGCGUUGUACAAAGUGCGCAAAGGUUCAUCAGACCGACCGUGUGUGCCCAGCAAAGGGACGCACGUGCAGGAAAUGCGGUGGCAGAAAUCACUUUGCGAUAGCCUGCAAGAAGAUGCAAAAAAGAUUUCAUUCGAAAGAGCACGCAGUAGCAUCUGUCGAUGCAGAAGAAGGCGAUUUCUGGUUAGAAACGCUAUCGCAUGCCCGUGGGAAAGACGACCGCUGGACGGCUACCGUUGAGAUAGAAGGAAAGCCUAUUUUUUGCAAGUUAGACACAGGCGCAACAUGCUCGGUUAUAGCACGCAGCCAGCUGCAGAAAAUAACAAACAAGCAGCCACUUGAUUGCAACGUUGUUUUAAACACAUUUUUUGGCUUCCAGAAAAAAGCGACGAAACAAGUUCGUCUUGAAGUGGCAACGAGAGAAAGCAAGAUUCUGACAGAGUUUUUCGUCGUGGAUGACGAAAUCGCCGUGACCUUGAGCGGUACAGUUGCCGAAGAGCUUGGCUUGCUCCAACGUGUCUGCUCUGUCGACCAAAUAGAGCUUUACGGCACUGCCAAGCCUUACGAAGACGUGUUUGAAGGUCUGGGUCAACUGGAGGGUAUUGUCUACCAUCUAAAGCUCAAGCCCGGGUCCCAGGGAGUAGUGAAACCAGCACGGCGGAUUCCAAUAGCAUUGCAAAGCAAGGUGAAAGCUGAGCUCGACCGCAUGGAGACUGCUGGAGUCAUCGUGAAAGUGACCGAGCCGACAGAGUGGGCCAGCAACAUGGUCGUUGUUACAAAAGGAGAGAAGGAGUCCGUCCGGUACUUGGGACACAUUUUGACGCGCGACGGCCUGAGCCUGGAUCCACAGCGGCUAGAAGACAUCUUGCAAGUCCAGACGCCAAGCAACCAGAAAGAGCUGCAGACGUUCCUGGGCAUGGUUUCAGACAGACGGCUGAGCCAAGUUCUACAAGAGACCGACCAGGACCCUGUGAUGGUGAAACUUCGACAGUACGCAAGCAGUCAGUGGCCGGAGAGCAAAGCUGACGUCAGCAGCGAGCUACGAUGCUACUGGAGCUUCCGCGACGAGCUGCAUACGCAAGAUGGCCUUGUAUUCAGGAGCAACCGCCUCAUCAUUCCGGCCAAGAUGCGCAGCGAAGUUCUUGCCUGCCUUCAUGCAGCGCAUGGGGGAGCAGAAAAAAUGAAAGCACGUGCUCGAGCUGUACUUUUUUGGCCUUCUAUAAACAGCGAUCUAGAGGAAGUUGCUCGACGCUGUGAGACCUGCCAAAAGCACAAGCCACGAAAUCGGCGCUUGCCAUUGAUGAACCAUGAAAUUCCUAGCCUACCCUGGGAAGUUGUGGGAGCCGACAUAUGCUAUCACAAUGCUACCGAGUACUUGGUGGUUGUUGACUUUUAUUCUUUCUUUUUCGAAAUCAGGCCCGUGAAGACGACAGCCGACAAGGUGAUUGCUGCCUUCGCAGACAUAUUCGCCACUCAUGGCUUCCCGCAGCGCCUAUGCACGGACAAUGGACCGCCAUUCAGCAGCCAGGACUUUCGUGAAUUUGUCGGUAAGAUUAGCUUGCACCAUGUUCGCUCCAGCCCCUAUCACCCUCGAUCAAACGGAAUGGCUGAACGUGCGGUGCAAGAAGCCAAAAAAUUGCUGAAGAGGUAUCGGUACGGCACAGUGGAUUUUUGUGCUGCAUUGCUUGAAUGGAGAAACACUCCUCGCGAUUCCUAUUUGAAAUCUCCAAUGCAGAGACUCAUGGGCCGAAAUGCGAGGACGCUGCUGCCAGUCACGGAAACCCACCUGCGACCGCAGACCAUACCGCCAGAGGAGGUUCAACGGCGGCUCCACGUCAUCAGAAGUAGACAAUGUUCCUACUACAACAGGGGUACAAGGCCGCUACCAGGACUUCCUGAGGGCUCCCGCGUCACAGUGUACAACGUACCAUCAAAGACCUGGUCCCCUGCUACGGUUAUCAAGCCUGCCAACAGUCCGAGAGCCUACAUUGUUGAGACCGAAGAUGGACUCCAGUUGCAGCGCACCAGAGAACAUCUCCGUCUGGCCCCCACUCCACUGGUGCCCCCCACACAAGAACAUCAAGCUGACGUGGGCCCCGCCGAGCCACAACUACGCAGAAGCGAACGCAAUCGCCGGCCACCGCAAAGAUACCCCAUGCCGGAACUUUAG